AUGCUUAAAUCAUUGUCCAGAGUCAAAACGGCGCACAGAUGCUACGCGGCAGUGCUCGCGAAGAGAAAUGAGAACUUUGCGAAGGUGUUGCAGUCGGAUCUGCUGGCAUUCGAGAACUUUCUCGGAAAAGAAGGAGUUCAGAAGGACGAGAUAUUCAAGCACACAACCGAUUGGACCGGACAGUUCAAAGGUAUCUUUUCAUUCAGAAGUGAGUCGAUGAUUUCUGACGCCGCCUUUUCAGGCCCUGGCAGUGUGGUUCUCCUUCCUAAAAGCGCCGAAGAAGUGUCGGCCAUACUCGCGUACUGCUCCAAAAACAGAAUCGCCGUCAUUCCACAAGGCGGAAACACUGGACUAGUCGGCGGAUCGAUUCCAGUGCACGAUGAAGUGAUUCUCUCGCUCAACAAAAUCAACAAGAACUUCCACUUCGACGACACGAUGGGCAUUCUUCAGUGCGACGCUGGAUUCAUUCUGGAAGAGCUCGACAACAAACUCGCGCCGCUCGGCUACAUGAUGCCGUUCGAUUUGGGCGCGAAAGGAUCGUGUCAGAUCGGAGGAAACAUUGCCACGUGUGCCGGCGGCAUCCGGUUGAUUCGGUACGGAAGUCUGCACGCACACCUUCUCGGGCUGACUGUCGUUCUGCCGGACGAGCAGGGCACCGUGGUUCAUCUGGGAUCGGGAAUUCGGAAGGAUAACACCUCCCUCCACACACCACACUUGUUCCUGGGAAGUGAGGACAGUUGGGAGUCAUCACGAGUGUCACGAUGACUGCCGUUCCGAGACCGAAAAGUGUGCAGAGUGCUAUGCUCGGUAAAAUAAUGAUUGUCUAGUCGAUGUUCAAAACGUUCACAUUUUCAGCCGUUCAGUCAUUUGAAAACUGUUGUGAAGUGCUGAAACUCGCCAAAUCGCGUCUUUCCGAAGUGCUCUCCUCGUUCGAAUUUCUGGACGAGGCAGCCAUGGCCUGUCUGAAGGCAAACCUUGAUCUACAUCCGGUUCUGGGAACCUCCACCCCUUUCACUGUUCUCGUUGAGACGUCAGGUUCGAACGAAGAUCACGAUAUGGAAAAGAUGGGAGCCUUCCUGGAUGAGUGUCUUUCGAAGCAGCUGAUUGCCGACGGAGUGCUCGCCGGCUCUUCUGCCGACGCCUUCAAGAUGUGGCAGCUCAGAGAAAGCGCUCCAUUGGCAGUUUCUCGUGACGGAUACGUCUACAAGCACGACGUCUCGCUUCCCCUACAGAGCUAUUAUGUUCUGACGAACGUGAUGCGGGAACGUUGCGGAGAUCUCGCGAAGAGGGUCGUUACUUACGGACAUCUGGGUGAUGGAAACACGCAUCUGAAUAUCACUUCUGAAAAACAUGACGAACAACUGGAGAAACUGUAAGCCACCCCCUUUUUUCUGCAAUUUCCCAUAAACAUUUCUGCAGCCUUUAUCCGUUCCUCUACGAAUGGGUCGUCGCUCACGGCGGUUCAAUCUCGGCGGAGCACGGAAUCGGUCAGCUCAAACUGCCGUACUCAACACUCGGAAAAGAGCCGGAGGAGCGUCUUCUGACGAAGAAACUGAAGAACAUCUUCGAUCCAAAUGGCAUACUGAAUCCGUACAAAAUGAUAUUAUAACUGUAACAAUACGUAGCACAACUGUAUAAACAUUUGACCUGGUCGGUUCUGUACUUGUUUGAGCACCUGGAAAAGGCGGUCUCUCGUCUCAAAGCCGGGUCAUUUCAGUCACAUCGCUCCUCCAAUGACUCUCCGAUUAGCCGCUAUUCUCGCCCUUCUGGCAAUUUUGUGUCAGGCCGAUGACUACACCGAAACUAGCCAUCCCGAGUCUGACAGGAUCUAUGGAAAGUACAUCGAGCUGUCCAUGAAUUGGACAAUGUUGUUCAAGGAUACUUCCCUCGAAGAGGCACAGCUUCAUCAGGUAACCGAAUGGGAAACGAUGUUCAGAAGCAUCAGAGUCGUCAAUUACAGCUCGCAAAAGACGUCAUUUCGAACGAGAAAGAUGAGGACAAAGUUCAAAAAGUCCUCGACAAGUUCAUGGAAGGACUGCCGGAAAUGCAGAAGAGAGAGUUCGGAGCUCUCUACUUUGAUAAAGUGUGAGUGAAGAGGAAACAUGAAAAGAUUCCAGUCAAUCAAAGACACUUGCAAGUUUCAACCCGGUGAUACGAGUUACUGUUUCGUAGCACCGAAGGCUGGAACAAGCGAGUGUCCCGAACUGGGGACAGACGGACGGACGGGCAAACACAGAAAGGGGCUCCUCUCCGGCUUCGAUAGAUUUUCACCCGGUGAUAUUGCAGUUGGAAUUGCUCGUAUCACUGCGGCGAGAACCUAUCGAAGCCAGAAGACUCGCUUCAAACUCACCUUCAAAGCAAUCCUGUGCACGCACCCAAACUGAUGUACACCCGGUGAUAGAAGUUUGGAAUCUUUUUAUCACUGUGGCAGACACCAGCUGGGGCGCGGCACAGGCGCGUGUCUGAGGGACAGAGCAAAUUCACACCCGGUGAUAGCGACUGAAGGGGGCGUAUCACUGAGGAGUGAACCGGCUGUGUCCCCCGACUCGAGAGAAUAGAUUAAUAAGACAGAGUAGCGAAUAGUUGGGUAGGGGAAGAACAUCCACUGGCCGAGUCACAGGCCUACUCCAGUUUAUCUCCCGGUGAUAGAACAGCUGGUUUAUCAACAGGAAAGAAGCUGGGGUAGGUCCUGGCUCUGGGGAAUUGUUCGGAAAAAAGCCGCGACGGGACCCGUACUGGUUUCCACCCGGUGAUAAGAGGGUUUCAGCUCUUAUAACCGGCGCAGAAAGCAGCGUGGUUCCCGUCGGGGCUGGGAAAGGAUCGGACCUCUACCAGUUUCCACCCGGUGAUAAGCUAUGGUAUAGUGCAGUAUCACAGAAGCAGAAACGGGCAAAGGUCCGACCCGAUCCGAGAGAUAAAGGGAAGGCGAACAGAAGCAGUAGCGAAUAGGAAUAAGAAUAGAUGAAGGGCAGAUGGCGAACAAGAGGUCUCUGCAGACCAGAACGGAUGUAAACCCGGUGAUACCUAUUCAAGAGUAUCAACGAGGCGUACACCUGCUCUGGUCCGCUUGACUGCGCAAGCCAGAGCUGAAUAGGAGGAGAACACAGAAAAUGACUGACUUGGAAUGGUCUCGUUUGCCCUUUUAUACUCGACCCCGGUGCACCAACGCGACUCCGCCCACAACGCAGCGCGCGUUGGGUGUAGAGCACUCUUUUUCUCUGCGUCUCUACCAUCUGCACACUGUUUUGCGGGGCGGACAAAUGGUGUGAUGUGACCGCUCGCGCGCGCGCCGUCCGAGGGGGAGUGGAGGGCAGAAGGGACAGACGGACGCGCUCGAUAAAUGGUGGACCGAUGGUCAGCCGGCCGGCCGGCCGGCCCACCGAGCGAAUAGAAGGAGAGCGAGAGGGAGGAAGAAAGGAGAAGAAGGUCUGGGAAACAGAUUAGCUGGCGGUGCGGACGAGGGAAAUUGGAUGCGACGGGCGACGGACGGAUGACCGCUAGACCCCGGCGAUUUCUUUCCGAUUCUCUCGCUUCUGCCCGUUCUCUAUACGGACACGCACGGGAAGUGGAAAGCGGACAAGCUGUUCCAUUUUUUCGGGGGUAUCUCGCGGAAUAGAUGGGCGCGACGUGGAAGAAUGACCUCUGUCGAGAACGGAAUGCAAAAAACGGGGGAGUCAUUGUUCGUGUGGCUGCCGGCGGAAGAGCUGUGUAAUCUCUUACACUGAAAGCGCCAAAGGGUGUCGUUCGACGUUGAAAUGGGAUUGCACUUCUAGAAGGAAGCCUCGAGAAGCGCAGUUUUCAUUCCUAUCCAUCCUAUCUCAAGUGUGGAAGGGAGAAUACGUAUGAGCUACAGUCUUCCGCUGACCCUUCUUGCGUCAUCAUUCAUUCGGACUGUUUUAUUGAUACCAAAUACGGAUAGAAUGUUUGCCUUGUCAUACUGGGAAUGUGUCCUUUCCAAAGUGUCCUUUCCAAAGAGUCCUUUCCAAAGAGUCCCUCUUUCUGCAAACAUGAAUUUCUUCCAGAAAACUCGACUAUAUCACUCGCAAGGUUCAUCGAGUUCUCGGCUUCUACCUGACUCGCUAUCAAAUCCAACGGGUUCGUUUGUUUUUGCGUUCCAUUCCCAUAAGGAUAAGAUAGUGUACACGUCUGUGCCAUCCAUCAUAAUUAGGCCCACCAGGUGAUGUGGGAAUCCUUUUCCCCUCCUCGCAUCCCACACAUCUAGACUUUCCCAACAGAGGCUAUCGUAACGAACAAAGGGUUUACGAUAGGAAUCUGUCGAACAAACAUGACGUCAUCUGGGCGAGCAGGUGACCCACAGAGAUAAGUAUGAACCAACAGACGGUGCGAAGGUCCCCCGUCGGUUUCUCGUCCACAAUGGGGUGCUAGAACUGUUGGCUCAUUACGCAAUGCACAAUGACGACGACGUUACGUGGAUGGAAAGAGACUGAAGGGCCCUCAUUAUUAUGGUGCUAGGACAAAAAAUGAGGGGAUAAAUGAUGAUUAGUGGACAUAAAGACCAAUCUCGGUACAGGAUUAGAAUCUGGGAGUGGAAGGACAUGUGGUCGUGAGGAAAUGAAUGUGCAAGCGGGGACAGGUGAUGGAUGAGCACUUAUUUCAGCUGAGGAACGUUUUGGAGCAGAAAUUCGAAGAGGGAGCUGCUCGGCCACAACUCGUGGAAGCGAUGGUCGAAGAGUUGACCAAGGUUGGAAGAAUCUGAAGUGCAAAGUCCGAAGUUGGAAUUGCAGGACGUUUCCCGUGAGAAGGCGGUGAAGGCAAUCGAGCGGACUAUGAAGGACCUGAGAAUCUUUGGAAGAAAGAAUCCUGGAUGGAUCGAGCAGGUCGAGAAGAUGUUCAACCAUGUCAUUGUGCACGACGAGAUGUGA